AUGCAGGUCCACGCGGUUAACUAUGCAACUAGGGACAACAUGCAAGAGGUUUUUGACUACCUGGAUGAUCUUGAGCCGCCACAGAGGGAUAAGAAGAUUGAUGUGACUAACCUACAACGCAUCGCGCAAGUUCUGGGAGACAACAUUUCGGACGCGGAAAUCGAGGUCAUGAUUGAACAUGCAGACCGCGAUGGCAAAGGCUUUGUUACUGCAGAGGAUUUCUACGUGCUAAUGGCUGAUGAAGCACGACGGAUGCAGCAGCAGACGGAUAUCGCUGAGCCAGAACCGCAGAAGAAGGCUCAGAGCCAGGCAGCGAAGCGGUGGAAGAAGGCCCUGAUCAGCGACAAGGCUGAGCUCCAGAAGCCACAUCCAACAAAAGCAGCCCAGUUUGCAAAUUUUCCCGGCACUCAGGUAGACAACGUCGUGCAGGCCAAGUGGCAGCAAGGAGAUAACGCAAUGGCGGCUAUACUGUUUGUGGUAGCAUUGUGCUUUGCCUUGGAAGGAGGUGACGCGGAAACGAAGCCCAAGCACAAGCAGCAGGGAGCCGACACGUGCACGAGCUUCCAGCCUGAGCGUCGCUGGCAAAGAUGGCAAGGAGUCGCGCCCUCGGAGCGGCAGUCGCUCGAGGAAGGCCGGGCCGGGAAGCUGGACGGUUACUUCAUGAACGCUAAGUGCCAACAUCGCAUGUCCUGCCAGAGCUCAUGGCUGCGCGCCAAGGUGGACGUGAUGGGCAUUUGGAUGGAGCCUGGAAGUGCUGUGCGGAUGACAAUGAAAGGGCGGGAUACCUUCCUGGCCACCUUGCACCGACGUCGCUUUGAGGCCGUGCGCAGAGCGCAUCCAUAUCCGUCCCAUGCGAGGCUGGCUGAUGUCUUUAGAAUUGCAGAGCUGGCUUCAGCGGUGUCGUCUUUCUUGUGCCUUGCUGGCACAUGCCGGCUCCGUGAACUGUCCAACUCAUCUCGGGAUGCCUCACGGGCAGCGGUUUUCGGCCACUCAGACUCGCAGGCGCUUUUCGUCUCGGGGUGCAAUCAGAACCUCACCAUGGAGAAGAUUGCGCACUUUGAUCCUACACGCCAUCGAUGGAGCACGCUGGAUGUUCCAAAAUCAUUAUCGAUUGGCUCUCGAUCCUUCUGCAUGCCAACGUUGCUGGGACAGGACGGCUACCUCUAUGUAUGCGGAGCGCGGAGCGACAACAAUGCGAUGUGCAUUCAGCGCUUUGAUGCUUUGAAGUCUCUCUGGACGACCUUGCCUCCAGCGCCAACACCUCGUCGUGGAUUCAACAAUUGGCCGGCCAUAGCUUGCCUGGAGGGUCACAUUUACGUUUGUGGCGGCAGCAGCGAUGACGAAAACUAUUUGAGCGGAGUCGAUUGCUUCGAUCCGUUGACAUGUACAUGGGAGUCACUGGGACCGAUGGGGACUCGCCGGGCCGGAGCGGCCGCUGCAGCUCUGCAGGGCAAGCUCUACGUGUGCGGUGGAGAGACAGGAACCUCCGGCAUCAAUGACUUCUCGGCACUCAACACGGCAGAGCGAUUCACCCCACGUGUUGGCUGCUGGGAAGGUUUGCCUCCGAUGUCUGAGCCGCGUGGUGGGGAUGCGAACGGUGAUCCCAACAUUGCUGCUUGCGUGCUGGGUGAAUUCUUGUAUGUGCGGGGAGGCCAUGAAGUGGACAGUAUGGAACGCUUCAAUCCAUCUUCCCAUUGCUGGGAAAGCUUGCCGCCGAUGACAACGCCGCGGUACUAUGCUGCUAUGGUUGCCUUCAACAAUCGCAUCUACGUGUGUGGUGGCAAGGACGACAACGACGCGGAGGAUUUGAGCUCGGUCGAGGCCUUCAAUCCUGCUUUGGGCUGCUGGGAGAGUGUACCAUCAAUGAAUAUCCCGAGAGCAAACGCUGGCGCUGUGGCUUCUGAGGGUUAUAUCUACAUGUGCGGAGGCAGCUUGUUUGUGGAUGUCUCAUUGUGA